AUGUCCACCGUGCGUCUUCGGAAGAUAAAGUAUCUAUGCCACUUUUACGCGCAACAUUUUUUCCAAAAAUAUCUCUUUACAUUUAACACCCUUCUUUUACUUUUUUUGACCUUUCAGAGCACCGCCUUUGUCCUUCUCUCGACUUAUGUCCAACAGCGAACGGACAAGGCGACGGGGAAGCGAAAGACCUUUACCUCCUCGCACUUUCUGUUCUGUGUAGAGUUCACGAAGCUGCUGCUUUCGUUAGUGUGGUGUGCGGUCGACGUCAGGCGUCGGAUGCGCGAGGGGCCUGCCCUUAAAGUGCCCACCCAGGACGCCGAGGCUGAGGGUUUCGCGAAGGACCUGCCGUUGUCGUGCUCGCCUUUAUACAAAUCCAAUCUGGAGCUUCACGAGUUAGACGGGAAGGCAGGGGGGGGGUGGAGCGGUCAAGCUCCAGCAACGAGAUCAGCUUCACCCCGCAGUUGA